AUGACGAAACAAUCGAAAUCAAAGAAAAAAAUCGAUUAUAAAAUGGCUUUGUUUGAUAAUCAAUCAAUCGAUAAUGACGAUGGUCAUGAACAGCAGCAGCAGCAACAACAACAAGAACAAGAAUCACCAAAAAUGGUAAAACUUUCAUUGAUGGCCUAUUUUGAUGACAUGUGUCGAUAUCAGAAUUAUCUAAGUUCAUAUGUUAAAUCAAUACAUAAUGAUUUUGCUAAAGUGUUGAAAAUUUGUGAUCAAUUCAAAACAAAAUACUCGUUGAGAUCGAAAGAAUUGGAAAAAGCUCAUCAACAUAUUGAUGAAUUGACCAUGGAAAAUUGUCGUUUGGAUAAAGAUUUACGAUAUUUUAAAGAAAAAUUUUUGGAAAAAUCAAAUGAUUGCGAAAAAAUCAACAAAGAAUUGAUUGAUCUUCGUUCAAAAGUUGAAAAAUUUGCCAAAGUAGUAAAUUUUACGGAUUUUGAUAAAAAAAGUGUGAAACAAUCCAAGACAACUGAUGAGGAAGAAAAUGAAAAAUUAUUAUCACGAUUACAUCGUUUACGAUGUGUUGAUGAUGAUAAUCAAAUCAACACUGAAAAUGAUGAAAAACUGAAGAAUCACCGAAUUCAUUUGGAUGCAAUUAUAGAAGAAGAAGAAGAAAAAGAGAAAGAAAAACAAUGUAAUGUACGAAUUGAUCCAAGAGAAAUGGUGGAGAAAAGUUUGGCCAUGUCAUCGAGUCCUAAUUCUUCGGAUUUAACAAUCGAUAUUAGUGAAGUGGAUGAACCUUCCAUUGUUUCAUUGAAACCUAGCGAUAAAACAACAAUUGCUAGUAAAAAAGUACGAACAAAUGGCCAUAUAAAAUUCAUGAAAAUCGAUGAUGAAACAAUAUACAAAAAACAUUCGAAUGUUAACGAUGGAUAUCAUUCACUUUGUCGAUUUGCUCAUCUUUUACAUCCACCUUAUCUUGAACAGCCAGAACAACAACAACAUUUGACCAAAAUUCAUGAUACGCCGCCGCCAUCACCAUCACAUGAACAUCGUUGGGAAUCGACCCGAUCAACAUCACAUCGAAUGAUCACAUGUGCUAUAUGUCAUGAUCGUAUCGGAUUUUACAGUACAUAUGUCUCUUGUGAUGAUUGUGGUGCACGUGCUCAUGAUAACUGUAUCAACAAUAAUCCAUCUAAACGAUAUUCACGUUCAAUAAUGGAUUUUGUACAAACACAGCUAUCUGAAUCACCAUCAUCAACAACAUGUGGCGAACCAUUGGUUCCAACUUUGUUGCUAAAAUGUUGUUCAGAAAUUGAAAAACGUGGCUUACGAUUGGUCAAUAUUUAUGAUCAAAAUCAAAUGAAUGUUUCUAUUAUACAGAAUUUAAUGUUGGAUUUAUUGGAUCCCAAAAAGCAACAGAAAUUUUCACAGAUUGACAUUGAUUCAUUAUGCAAUAUUGUCAUAUAUUUCCUUGGUUAUCUCAUCGAUCUUGGUGAUCCAUUGAUACCUGGAUUUUUGUAUGACGAUGUUUUGAAUCUUUUAAAGAAUCAAUCGGAUGGAAUUGAUUCAAUCAUUUGUCAACUUCCAUCAUGUAAUCGUGAUACAUUGGCAUUCCUAAUGAUUCAUCUACGUAAAGUGGCUAAAAAUCAAAAUUACAAUAAUAUGUCAUUGAAGAAAUUGGCACGAAUUUUUGCACCGAAAAUUUUUCAUCCAUCAUUCACUACAUCCGUACAGGAGAAGGUUUUGAUGGCAUUAUUAUCGGUGUCAUCAGAUUAUUGGAUCAAUAUCAUAUCACAGGAUACACCUAGUUCAAGUCCUACAUUGGUUUUGUUAAACAAUAGCCUUGAAGACGAUAAUCAUCAACAUUAUCAACCGAAUAUUUUUCAAAGUCCUUGUAGCUAUAAAUCGGCUGUAACAUCAGAAUCGGUUUAUAAUACACCGAUUGGAGGCGGUGGUGGUGGUAUAAGCAUUGUAACGCCAUCACCAACAAGCGGUGGCCGUAAAAUACGAACAUUUAAACGAUUCGAUUUUUCUCGAUUUUUGGUGGAAAAUUUAAAAUUUUAAAAUUAUCAUCAUCAAUCACAGAACAAAAGGAUUUUUUUUUUUUGAAAAUUGUGAAUUUUCUAUUUCUUUCAUAUAAUUUCAAUUGCUGAAACUGUGAUUUUUUUCCUCUUUGAUUCAAUUUGAAUUCAUAAUUAUUCUUCAUUCCAAUUAUAUCGAUCUCAAUUUUUCAAAUAAAAAAAAACUUAUUUUUCGUUUCAGAAGACUCAUUUUUGUUUGUUUAUUUUUUAGGUCUGAAUUUCAAGUUUGAAACAAUCACAAUGACAGCAUAUGUAGUUCGAAAUAAUUUUUUCAAUUUUCUUCUCCAUUAUCAAUGGCAAUACGUUAUCUUUGUUUUUUUUUCUAUUUAAAGAAAAAAUGCGUUUCUCGUCAUAAUUUUUUUUUCUGUUUUCGGGGCCAUAUUUUAGCCGUGGUUGUGCGAUGAUGAUGAUGAGAGAGGUUCUCUUAACGACACAAGAGAAAACACAUCCAUUUGAUAACGAUAAAAUGAUUGCUAUUUGUUUAUUUAGAUUUUUUUGGUUUUGGUUUUUUUUUCUUUAUUUCAAUAUUCGAUGAUGAUGAUGAUUAUGUGUGGUGUUAAUGAAAAUGCGUAUGGAUGAUAAUUAAUAGUGAACCUCUGUGUGGUGGUG